GUUUUCUUCAGUGUCCAGCCUGAUGGAAAAUUAACAUAUUAGUAUAACUGAAGUGAUCUCAUAACCCUGUGAAAUAAAAGAAAUGACAAAAUAUAUUUAAAAACAUGGUUCUUGGAUCUUAUACAAGAGUCAGUGUCAGUCCAACCCAGGACCCUGAGCAGUUAUGAAUUAUCUUGUUAUAUGUAUAGGUGAUACUGUGCUGCUGUUCUGUGUCCACAUUUCUAUAUAGGCAGAUGGUGUGUGUGUAUAUGUGUUUGGCUGUAGGAUGAAUGUCAAGGACCUGCAGGCCUGAUGGGUGUGGUCCUGCUGGAGGACUGGCCACACCCGAAGCUCCUGCCACACACCUGUUGCUGAUCGGGGCUUGUCGGGGGAGCUAUUUAGGAGAGUGCUGGAGCUCCCACCGACGUGGGAUCAUUGCAUGAGACUCCACGAGAAGUGUGGAGCGCCAGACAGCAGCCAGCACGAGGAGUGCUGAGACACGAGAGCGGACAGCUCAAAGACACGGACUUUUCAGGGAAAGACACGACACGGGAGUCAGGGGAGAGCACGGGGAUUUAUUGUUGUUUGUUUCCAUACACUGUAAAUAAACGCACUGUUUACACACAGAGCUCCGCGCCUGGGUCCUCCUUCCCUACAUCCCUGGCAAACCGUGACGGAAUGAUCCCGCCAGACAUGGACCCAGCAGUCUCUGAGGAAAGGCUCAGGAGGGAGGUUAUGGACAGGGUUUACAGACUUUGUGAUUUAUGGUGGGAAAAGCCCGGAGAAGGGUUGCGUCGCGCCGUGGAGAGGCGGCUGCAGGAAACGCUUUUUAAAUUCCCCUGGCUGGUGGACUCCCUCAAUUCAGUCGUCCUGGACUUCCUACUCUCAACUCUCCACCUCCACUCUCCUACUCAGGCUGCUCACCGGCCCGGACAGCUGGUGGAUUCACAGCCUGACACGCCGGCCCCGACGUCUACACGGAAACGACGUUCACGCCGCCGGCGUUCCUCACCGCAGCCGAAUUCCCGGACGUCUCAAGAGCCGGCUGUCGUGAAUAAUACGGACAAUUUUUCAUUUCCCUCACCAUCUGUUUUUGUGUCUGCAGUGGAUGAUGACGCCGCUGACGCUGCUAUAAGACAGCCGUCAGCGCAGGCAGCAUCACCUCGGUCAGAGGUCUCCACACCACUCGCUGCUUCAUCAUCUCCAGCUGUAGCACUGUCGUCUCAUCCGCCUGCAGCCACCAUUCUGCCAUCUUCUUCACCACCUGCUACGUCGCCACCCGGACCUGCUCAGCCCGAACCGGAGGAGCUCGCGCUGCCUGAGCAGGAGUUCGGCGAGCCGGAGCAGAGCCAGUGCUGCCGCCGGAGCCAGCGCUGGAGCUCAGCGAGCCAGAGCAGGAGCUCGGCGAGCGGGAGGAGCCCGCGCCGCCAGCUGGGGCGGAGGUCAUCUCACAUAUCAAAGCAGUAUAUUAGUGAGUGUGUGAAUGGGUGGAUGACUGAGUGUGUAAAGCGCUUUGGGGUCCUUAGGGACUAGUAAAGCGCUAUACAAAUACAGACCAUUUACCAUAUCAAACCAGCAUAUUAAGCUUACAGCUCUUUUGUACAUAAAUCUAUUUAAUACUUCAAUUUUUUGUCUCCAUUUAUUUAUUCAUGCUAUUUGUAUUUUAUCUAUUUGUACAUAUUAACCAGCAUCUGUCUGUGGACAGCAGAGAAAGAAUUUCAUUGAAUAGAAAAAUGCUUUUCUUUGUACACAUGACAAUAAACGCUUUGAACUUGAACAUAAAUCCAAAUUCAAAAUCAAAGCAAUGAUGAGUGACAAGAUUCAAAAUUCAGUCAGCACAAAACACCAGGUCAUAGCCCAGAACAAAAACCUCAGCAGCAAAAAAAGAACCAGGAUGUGACAGCGGCGAUGUGUUGUUUAUUCACUUCUUUAAAAUACUCCAAAGUAACAUAAACAAGCUCAGUGCUGUUUGUGUUCCCUAUCUUUAAAAUGAAUAAAUAAAACUAAAUCCACAUUGCACAGAGUUGAUUGUACAUCAGAGGGACAGCUGCUGCUGAGCAGUCUGGAGACAAAGUUAGAGACGUGCAGAGGAGGGAGGGUGGAUAUACUGGACUAAGGGUGUGAAGAUGGAGCUGCCAGGCAGCAGGAAAACAGGAAAUCCUCAGAGAAGAUCCAUGGAUGUACGUGCAGAGGAGGCAGAUGAUCUGCUGUGAUAAAUCCUAACGGGCUUUUUGUCUCAUUAAUAACUGUCAGGAGGAGUAAGAUAUUUUUGCUGCUAUUUUUAUGAUCAUUAUUACUAUUCCAUUAAUUAUUAAUAUUGAUAUUGCAUUUAGAUGUUUGAACAUAUUGGCACCCAAUUAAGCUUUUAUUACAGGUCCAGUAAGAACCACUUUAAACUGUUGAGUCGAAUCUAUAAUUCCAAAUGCUUUUCAAUGCUCCUAUAAUCUUAAAUGUUUCUGUGCAAAAGGAGACAGGAAACGGCAUGCUUUGCAGAAGAGAAACCGAAAGCAGAGUCUGAGUGCAAGUAUUUUGAGUAGGUUAUGAAUCUGUAGUAUCUUUUAUGUAUCUAUAUCUUUGGAUUAAGCUUUUAGUAGAGGUUA